UGCGACCACAUUGCGUCGUCUUGAAGGAGCCACGGCCUUUGCAACCUGCUGUGCCUGUGGUAUCCUUUCCAGGUGCUGGAGUAGUUGCAGGUAACGGUCAGCUUGAGCAGGAGUUCGAUUUGAUUAGUCCUCCUUCGUCUAUGCAAGAGCAGGAACAAGGGAUUUCUGUCUUUGCAGCCACCUCCGAAUUGAUUCGCGUAGCGAUGGAGCAAAACUCAGCGACCGAAGGCGCCUGCAUUGUGACCCUGUUGCUUCCCUGUUUCGCGAACAAUGCGGUGCGAGGUGCCAUCACUUCCGAUUUAGCGCAGGAUGAAGCAGCUCUUCUGGCGCACUUUUCCGCAGAGCUAGGACGUGCAAACGAAGGAAGUGCACCCAACAGCAACAUGACUUCCUCCACGACCACAGCGUCCUCCGGUCUAGGUUACGUCGCAGGCGGCUACUUGGCACGACUUCUCGUAUGGCUCCUCAGCUGCAUUGCGCCUUCAGGGGUUGGGGUGUCUCCGCAUCGCCGACUUCGACCAGUUUAUAUACAGGUCUUUGCCGAAUUGCUUGCCCUUUAUCCCGAGCUCGUGCUGCACGCGAUGUCCGAGGAUCAGAGGGUUGCGGAGGGGAUAAAAGUACUCUUUUCACCAGCACCAUCUGUAUCUGAGUCCGAGACGAAAGUCCCAGCGGUACCACGAAGCGCCCAGCGCGCACGUGCGCAUGCAGGUGCAGCUGUGCUUACUCGUCUGGCGGUGUUGUCUUCUACACCUCCUUCCAGAGCAGGGACUGGAAGGGGAGUAUCGCACCUAAUGACGCAGUUGGUUUACCCUCUGGCAUCCAUACUCGUUCAAGCAUUCAGGGAUCGCAUCUUUGAAGAUGAACUACAACAAGACUGCUCUUCUAUCAAUGCGACUGCAGCUGCUGGUGCAUGUGCAUCCACUAUGAAGAAUCAUGAUUGUAGAGGUAAGGAUUUCCAAGACGAUGCGGACCAUGACCAGGACGACGAAGAUCAUGGCUCUGAUGAUGACGAGGAAGAUUUGGAGUCUCUGGAUUCCGGUUCUGACGCUGGGUCUGACUACAACGUCUGCGUUGACGACGAAAGCGACUUUCGCCCGGCAGGAGAGAGCGCCUGGCCCACGGCUGUUCUCAACGGCCGAACUGUUGCAGAGAGGGAGUGGACAGAGUUCGGGAGAUGGGCUCCACUGACGAAGACAUUCGAAGUCUAUCCACUCACUGGUGCCGCGUCCCCGGUAGACGGCAGGACGCAGCGAGUUGGCGCGGCUCUCCAGAGUGUACAGGAUAAUGAUCCACAAGCGAUUCUGGCCGCCGUUGCGAGACAGAUGCAGUGUUGAGUCUUCAGUGAAUGAGAACAUAAGUACCCAUGUGUAUUUGAAACCCGCCAACUUCCUCAAAUGAAAGAAGAAGAACCCCUGUUUAGAACACUUCUAAUGUAAAUACAAUUAGAUUUGUUUUUAAGAGAUGCACGUACUACUACUAGCAUUUCUUGCAGAUGGAUGCUGUUACAAGUGGAAGAUGAUCAUGAUGUUGUGCCCUCAGACGCGAAUCAUAAGUGCAAGGUUUCGGUCUCAAUUCACGGAAUGCAAUUCGCAAUUUAAGGGUUUAGGGUUUGAUAAUCUUCUCGGGCUCGUCGUUCGUCCACAAAGAUUUUCUGUCAAAAAUUCAGCUCCAGUAUGAAGAACGAAUGAGAGUUAUGAUAUAUUCGAAAAACCUGUGUUGGAAAUGGAAUACGAC